AAAAAAAAAAAAAGUUAUGUCAAUGUAGGUCAAUGUAGGUGGACCUGCUCCAACAUCUUUUUGGGCAUGCCAAUAAUGCAGGUUCCUCAUGUUUCUCGCACUGAUGAUCAGUUGAUUGAUAUCUCUGAAGACGGUUUUGUGAGUCUUUUAAUGGAUAAUGGAGACACCAAGGAUGAUCUGAGGCUUCCCACUGAUGACAAUCUGCUCGGCAAGAUUAAAGAUGGGUUUGGUGAAGGAAAGGACCUCGUGCUGAGCGUUAUGUCUGCAAUGUGGGAGGAGCAGAUCUGUGCCCCUAAGGACAUUGGCCCAAAAAACUGAAUAUGAUGCUGUGGCAGUAGCUAUGGUUGAUGUCAAAAGAAGCCCUUGCUUUUAGAUCUGAGAGGGAAGCUAUCUACUGGUGUUACAAUAAGUCUCGAUUAGAUGCAAUCUAGUAUUGUAAAAAAAGAAACUUCAGCACUCAUCUGUGUGCUUAGAAUCCUAUCAGGCUUGUGAAUGGGGGGAAAUCGAAAUGUGGGGCUGCUUAUACCUCAGUGAAGGGAACUUAAGUUUACUGCAGGAUGGAAUUUAUAUAAAUAUAACUAUUCUGCCA